UCCCGGCGUGCCGCGCGCGAAUGCGGCCAUGUUGCUGGGCAAUGUUCCACAGCAGCACGCAGCGCCGGCACUGGACCUUCCAUGGCGAGGAGGAACUGGCGCGGCGCCGCGCUGAGGCGAACCGCCGGGCCCGGGCCAGGGCAGCGGCCAGCGGGAAGGUGCCGCCGGGCGACCCGGUGCUGCUGGAGCCGCACGAGGAGCUGGCGCUAUGCAAGUACUACGAGAAGAGGCUGCUGGAUUUCUGCGCCGCAUUCAAGCCCGCGAUGCCGCGGUCCGUUGUGGGAACAGCUUGCAUGUAUUUCAAACGUUUUUACCUCAAUAAUUCAGUGAUGGAGCAUCAUCCUCGGAUAAUAAUGCUAACAUGCACAUUUUUGGCCUGCAAAGUAGAUGAAUUUAAUGUAUCCAGUGCACAGUUUGUUGGUAACCUUCGAGAAAGUCCUCUUGGACAGGAAAAAGCUCUUGAACAAAUACUGGAAUAUGAACUGCUACUUAUUCAGCAACUGAACUUCCAUCUCAUCAUCCACAAUCCAUACAGGCCAUUUGAGGGAUUUCUAAUUGAUAUUAAGACUCGCUAUCCAGUGCUGGAAAAUCCUGAAGUUUUAAGGAAAACAGCUGAUGACUUCCUUAACCGAGUGGCUCUGACAGAUGCAUAUCUGCUCUUUACUCCCUCACAGAUUGCUCUCACUGCGAUAUUAUCUAGUGGCUCAAGAGCAGGAAUUAAUAUGGAAAGCUAUUUAUCAGAAAGUCUUAUGCUGAAAGAGGACAGAUCAACCUUAUCCAGAUUACUAGAUGAAAUGAAAUGCAUGAAAAAUCUCAUUAAAAAAUAUGAACUGCCGAGGCCUGAAGAGGUUGCUGCUCUAAAACAGAAGUUAGAGAAGUGUCACAGCUUGGACCUCUCAUUUAAUACAAACCCGAAGAAGAGGAAAGGUUAUGAAGAUGAUGAAUAUGUCACAAAGAAAAGUAAAAUGGAUGAGGAAGAGUGGACUGAUGAUGAUCUUGUGGAUUCAGCAUUACUUUGAAGGAAGAUGGACUCCUACCACCCUCUGGUGUCAGGUGUGACUGCCUGCCACAGGUUCCUUAUUACGUGUCAUAAGAUCUUUGUGCUGUUAGUUCU